AUGACAUCUCGCGGUCAUCCUGUGCAGAGUUCCAAGCGGUUUCCGAGGGCCAUUUUCUACUGCCACUUGUGCCACCGGUACUUCGACGACAACUGGUACGUCAAGAAACACCUGGAGCAAGAGCAGCACCAACUUAGGCUAUUGGUGAGCGAUAUGCGGAUGAACGUCAAGAACAUCCCUCACCCGGUAAAACUCCAGGUCAAGGCAAUCGACACUCUGCUCAAAACUGUGAGCAGAUACGGGCUGACGACGGAGGAGGUUGAGCUGAGAAAAGCAUUUGCCGAGAAGCUGGAGGCCUCCCUUCGUAAUACCCUUCCCGACAUCAAGCUGACCCCCCACGGACCCUCGGUGAACGGUUUCGGCCUGUUCAAUAGCGAAGUGGACCUGGACCUGUCCUCGACCGGCAGAACUGAGGUGGCCGAGCUCCUCGGGGAGCUUUCGGACAAGAUCACCCAAGAUGAGGACAACUUCUCGUCCCCGGAAGGGAAUUUCCUGGCGGAAGCACCCAGACUUCGCUUCGUGGACGGUCCGACAAAUCUCACGUGCGAGAUCAGCCUGAACAACCACAACUCCAUCAAGACAUCGAAGCUGUUGGCGGACUACGCCUCUCUAGAUCCAAGGGUGCAGUCGCUCGGCGUCAUUUUCCGCUACUGGGGACAGGUGUGCCGGCUGGAAAGGAAGGAGAGAGCCCCGCUUCCACUCCACGCGUAUCCAAUCAUGGUCGUCUACUUUCUGCAGCAGUGCAAGCCUCCGGUCGUUCCCGUCCUGCACGAGUUGUUGGGCGGCAGCGACUCGGAGCCCCACCUGUGCGUGAAGGACUCGGAGUGGAAGUGGAAGUCCGCAAACAACCGGAGCUUGGGCGACCUCUGGUGCGAGCUGCUCCGCUUCUACGCAGCAGAGUUCCCAACGGAGAAGCACGUCAUCUGCAUCCGCCGUCUCAAGCCGGUCCUCAUCUCCGAGAAGAAGUGGAACAAGCGCUGCAUCGCCAUCGAAGACCCCUACUCGAGUGAGCGGAACCUCACCUACUCCAUCCCGAACGAGGAUAUGAACCUGUUCCUCAAGCGGGCGCUCCGGGAGUCUGCCAUCUACUUCCACGAGCCACAGGUCACUGUGGCCAUUGACCUGAUCCGCGAGAACAUGCGUGCGUGUCCCCGUUGGUGCGCAGACAACUCGAAGUUUGAGUCGGACUCUGAUUCGGACCAGGAGGAGUCCCAGUUUGGUACUUUGCACGUGCAGACCCUGGACGACGAGAGCGGCUCGGAGUACGGGUCCAAGACCCCAUCCGCAAAACCCCAAAGGCGGAAGGAGGCCUCCACAAUCGCCGGAGCAUCCCAGUUUGUCCGACCCGGCCCCCCGAUGGCCCAGCAGAACAUCCAAAGGUUGUCGAGGCUCUCGAAAGAGGACUUCGACUACCAGUUCACACGCGAGACCCUCUCAAACGGGCGGGAGCCUCAGGUGAUCUGUCCCUUUUGUAUGGAAAAAGGGCACCUGAAGGAGAAGUGUCCAAAUCAGAUCCUGCCGCAACUGGUGGAGCUUCCCCCCAUGACGCGAGGCCACAUCAUGAUCCUCAACGACGUCUGUCUGGAUGUGAUGCGCCAAUGCUCGCCGCGCUCUCAUGAAGAAAAGGACCGCAGCAGGCUCCUUCAUGGGCUGGAGCGCCUAAUCAGAGAGCUGUACACAGAUGCGAGGCUGACACUCUACGGCUCCUCCUGCAAUGGCUUUGGCUUGGCGAGGAGCGAUCUCGACCUGUGUCUGACCUUCGAUAGCAGCAAGGAUGGCAAGGAACUCUGCCACAGCCAGACGAUUCCCGAACUGGCUAGAAAGCUGCGAGCACACCCAGACCUGGCCAGAAUCGUUCCCAUCACCACGGCCAAGGUGCCCAUUGUCAAAUUCUACCACCUUCCCAGCCGGCUAGAGGGCGACAUUAGCCUCUACAACACCCUGGCUCUGCACAACACGAGACUGCUCAAGGUCUACAGCGCCAUCGACGAGAGGGUGCGUGUGCUGGGCUACACGCUCAAACACUUUGCAAAGACCUUCGAUAUCGGAGAUGCGUCACGGGGCAGCCUGUCUUCGUACGCGUACAUCCUGAUGGUGCUGUACUACCUGCAGCAGUGCCAGCCGCCCGUGAUCCCAGUCCUGCAGGAGCUCUAUCCAGAGGGAGACAAGAAGCCAGAGGUGAUCAUUGAAGGAUGGAACGCCUGGUUCUUUGACGAUAUGGACCGCCUGCAGUCGGUGUGGAGCGAGUUCGGCCAGAACAACGAGUCGGUUGGGGAGCUCUGGCUGGGGCUGCUCCGCUUCUACACAGAGGUGUUCGACUUCCGGACCGACGUCGUCAGCAUCCGGCAGCGCGAGCCCAUCACCCGCCUCCAGGAGUCCUGGACGUCGCGCUGCAUGGCCAUCGAGGACCCCUUUAAACUGAACCACAACCUUGGCAGCGGUGUCUCCCGGAAGAUGAACGCCUCCAUCAUGAAUGCCCUGAUCAAUGGUAGGGCGCUGUUCGGGACCCCGUCCCGAAAGCUGCCCACCGCCUACGACAGCUACAUUAGCAGGACGCAUUUGUUAUUUGGCCGACGCCGGCUCGUGGACGGGCAGCCCCCCACCGAGCGGGGUUGCUGGUUCUGCUCAAAGAUCGGCCACCGGGCCAAGGACUGCCCGCGCCGGCACGGUGCCAAUAGCAACGGUAGCCAGAACGACCGGGUGCAGGGAGGUGGCAGCCUCUUGAAGAGAUCGAGCCACUGCGCGUCGGGGAGGGGCCGGGCCCCAAAGGACAACUGGCGCCAGCCCCAGAUUGGCGCGUGA